CUGCAGGAGAUUUCGCGCAGGGACCGCGCAGGAACGUCUAUGUGGAAAUGAAACGGUGCGUUUCGCACGAACCCAUCCAUUCGAAGUCCCACCUCCAUUCAACGCGCAACUCACUCUCCUCCAUCUCCCUCCUCCAUCUCUGGUUAUUCCCCACCGAUAUGGGAAUCUGAAACCUAGCCUCUGCAUUCCCUUCCUCUCCAUUCUCACUGUCAACCCAAGACGGGUUUAUGAACCCAGAAACUCUAACCGAUAAAUCAAGAGCCAACUCCCUCCCUCCUCUGCGUCGCGACCCUCUGAAUACUCGAGGUUGUUCUCGUUCUUGAGAUGAGAAGAAAAAGUCUUCUCCGAUGCUGCCUGUGCAUUAUGGUGUAGGAAAAACCACCAUUAUGAUAAGAAAUAUACCAAGCAAAUACACGUAUAAUAUUCCAUUCAUCCUCUAUCGAUACACGUAUAUACACACACGGGAGAGACUUUGUUUAUUGUUUGUUGACUCUUCUUUGCAUAUAGGUUGAAUUUUUGGAAACCUAACUAUGAGUUUUUGGGCUUGACGUUUCCGGAAUGAUGUAUUUGGUUGAUUAAAGAUUUUCUUGAUCCCCCCCAAUUUAGUUCAAUUUAUUUACGAAUAGGUGUGGAUCUCAGCCAUUUUUUUGACAAAUUGGUUCAAUCCUUUGAUCUCUGUUGGUUGGGUUGUCCAUUAUCUUUAUUUUCUCUCUUCAUGCCUUCUAUGAUUAGCUUCAUUAUUUUCCUUAUUUCUUCUUGUGUCCAUGUUACAUGAUCUGUCAGACGUAAGAUGUUGGUGGAAUUUAUAGACGAGUAUUGCAAGUUGAAGAAUGAAAAAGUGGAGACUGAAGAACAAAGUGUGUUCGCUUUUAAUUUCGUAUAUUUCUCUAUAGACUUCAGGAAUUUAUUGUUUAUUCAGCUUCAUUUCCUUCUCUAGUGCAUAUGCGACCCUCUACUCGAGCUGAUUCCCCACACCCACUUCCAAUUAGUUCUAUAUGCAAUAUUUGUGCUCUUUGAGUAUUGAGAAACAAAAAGAACUUAUACACCACUGGGUGUAACAAAGGAUACUCGGUAACUUCACCGACCCUCACGCUAUGUGGAAGUUUUACCUUGCGGCUAACAACCAGUCAUGGGAGCCUUUUCAUUCAAACAUGAUACGCUAGAUAGCCUUCAAAAGACUACAGGUAUAGACCUCAUUGUUAUUGGGAAGGAAAUCGUUGCAGGUCUUCUACAGGGACCGGUCGUAGCCUCGGAGGAUUGCCAAACAUCCGUGAUUCGAUUCGCACUCCAAGACUUCUCGGGACAUUCAUGGCAAGAAGCCCGAAUGGAGAAGGAGCUGAAGACAGAUAUGGAGGACUUGAGAACCAAGGAAGCAAACUUUAAAACGUUUUUUUUUUUUUUUUUAAUUAUUGUUUUCAGAAUCGAAUGCAUUGCUGCUCAAAUAGAAUGUUAUGGUAGUAACCUGUUCACACUGGCAAAAUCUACGGCUAGUUCUCAUUCUUGGCCCCACUCGAAAAGCAUAAGAUCUGCUCUUGGAAAUCUCAAUGCGGUGGAGGAUAAAACUCUUUCGAUGGUGUUGGGGCAUUUAAUUGCUGCAACCGUGGAUGGCAGAACAAAAGAAGAAGAAAGUAACGUACUACAGAAAAGCAAUUGCCGAAGAAAGAAGUUUCAUGCAAGAUGAUGUCUCAAGAAGCAGAAGAUCGGCGAACCCCCGACUUGACAACGUCGAAUAGAUCGAGGAGGAGCCUCGGGGAGAUGAGAAAGAUGAUUCUCCGAUUAUUGGAUAUUGUGUUGGAGUUAAUAACAUAGAUGCGUGAGCAACUUGACGCCUAGUUUAGAUUUAUGUUUAUAUGUAACUAAUGAGUUUCAAUUCCUGUACUAUGCUUGUUUUGUCAGAUUAGAUAGACCAUGAUGUGACUUUUGACUAUGUGAAUAUUUAUGGGAAUAUGUUUAUGUUUUGGGAAUUAGUAUUCUGGUACAUUAAGGUAUUGCUGAAAGAAAAA